UCCGAAAGUGGGAACAGUGUUGCGCGUUGUCCUGAUAAAUAAUGAGCAAAAUCAAGACCAUACCCCGUCCAAGUGAUGAUUUUUGACGGUUUUUUCCCGAUUUUACCUGAAUUAACUCUCUGGCGCACUAGAUGCACAACCUGGCAUUGUAUGUGCAUCAUAGUACAACACUGGAUUAAAAGGGACUACUUCUGUUUAWAAAUAUACUAUUAGUAUUACGUAGAAGAUAUAAAGCUGCUUCGACUACCCCAGAGACUCAAGGGUUCGUUACUACCACAAGAAAGGGCCUGGGAACGAAGUUGUAUUUCCCGCACUUCUUUGAUUAAUAAUUACUCAACUAGCCGACAUGCUGGUACAUAGUGAAAUCCAAGACCACUUUUGUUAUUUGAACUUUGCUUAACUAUUACAACACAUCCCACAAGGUUGCAUGGCGUGAUUCAAAAUCCACUAUUCGAGUGUAUCUUUGUCAACGAUGUCGAAUAUUUCAUCGAAUGGAACUGAAACGAUACAAUGCCUCAUACCGCUGGGCCAUGGAAUUGCUAUGAUUAUAUUGAACGUCAUCUCCAUUAUUUUUGGCAGCAUUGGCAACUCACUGGUUUGCGCCACGAUUUACACGACAACUGGGUUACAAACCGUGUCCAAUUACUUUCUGGUAAGUCUUGCCGUGGCUGACCUGAUAGUCACAGUGGUUACACAACCCCUCCUCGUAGCGUUCGUUGGUGGGAGUCUCGGAGGAACGUGUCUGAACGUCGUGGAGUUAAUAUUCAGACUUACUGGUAAUAUCUUGAGCUCAGCGUCCGUUCUCCAUCUGUGUUUUAUAAGUAUUGACAGAUGCUUGAUGGUCAUGAAGCCGCACACGUUCAGUAAAAUCCUGACSAAAACAAGAUGUCGCGCCAUGCUGUUGGUUUCUUGGAUUCUUCCUUCAAUUUAUGGAAUACUACGGCUCACCGUUAGCAAGAAGAUUACGUCGCUAUUUACCGUGGUUGUCAUGGCUAUUUGUUACGUGUUUAUCAUAAGCAGUUAUUUACUUAUCGUCUAUCAGAUCAGAAAUCAGCAAAAUCUCCUACGGAAACGCACGGAGAAACGCGCAAGUGGCGUAACGACGUUGAGGCGUAAACGCAGCCAGGUUGAACGUCGCGUCACUGUGACAAUUGGCAUUGUCAUCAUCAUUUUCACCAUCACGUGGCUGCCAAUUAUCUUUUUAAGGUCCAUAAGAGCAAGCAGUAACUCUGGGACGGCUUAUAACUGGGCUCGUACUUUCUCACUGUGUAACUCGGCCGUAAAUCCAUGGAUCUACUGCUAUCGUAUCCCACAGUUCCGUGCGGCAUACAAACGCCUCUUUAUAUUGUGUCAGUGGGGAAGGGUUAAGGGGGGUGGUGUUGGCGAGACAWCAUUGGGAAGCGAGUCRGGCACCCAUGCGGCUAUCAAACUUAGACAGUCUCGACAACAGUCAAGUAAAGCGUACGACCAUAGCAACCAGGUCAUUGCAAGUAAUCAMGGGAAAAUAUCCGGUUCACAUGAGAAUAUAAUGGAUGAUAGCGAGAAUGGAAUUGAUUAUGGUACGACCACGCCCGAACAACUACGUCUACCAUGCAAUGGAGUGAAUGAGGGAAUUCAUCAAUCAUAACGUGUUAGGACAAGUUUUCGCACUGUAGAGUGAUCGCACUUAAAGCGUGCAACUGUACAAAAUCUAAGUAGCAUU